AAUGCAUUAGUUGUAAUUGCCCUUGUCUAUUGCGUUUUCUCUAAGACUCUUUUCCUUCCUCCAUACCACAAAAAAAGCACGUAGAGGUUGGCUCCGAAUGGAGGAUGACAUAGAGAGAGUGCUAUGGAGUUCUGACCAAAUAUCCAACCGAGUUACCGAACUCGCCGCCGAACUCAAUCAUGACUUUUCCGACGCAUUUCUCUCGCCGCUUUCUUUACCGGUGUUUGUUGGAGUUGCUACCGGCGCUUUCGUAUUUUUAGCAGAUUUAGUCCGACAUUUAAAUUUCCCUUUUUCUAUUGAUUUAAUUCGUGUUAGCUCAUAUAGUGUCGGUACUGUCUCUAAUGGCUCCCCUUCUAUCUCCUCCGACUUAAAGCUCGACGUUUCCGAUAAACACGUUGUUUUGGUUGAGGAUAUUGUGGAUACAGGAAACACCUUAUCAAAGCUCAUUGAGCAUUUGAAGUUAAAGGGAGCAUCUUCUGUAUCAGUGUGCACCUUCCUUGAUAAGCCGUCAAGGCGGAAGGUUUCGUUUGAGCUUGUGGGGAAAGGAAAGUUCUAUCGAGGAUUUGAGUGUCCAGAUCACUUUGUUGUGGGCUACGGAAUGGAUGUUGCUGAGCUCUACAGAAACCUGCCCUAUGUGGGCAUUUUGAAGCCCAGAUGCUACAAUGGAAUCAAGGAGGAACAUCCGAAGAACUGAGCACACAAAGUUGCAUAUUUGCAUCUAAGGCGAUUGCUCUAUAUUUUUUUGACACGUGACAAUAUACGUAUGCAUUCACUCUAUGCUCACAAGUCACGACUCUGGGUCAGAAAUUUUCAUUUUCAGCAUAUUCAUAGCUGAAUGUUUAUUUUCAGCAUAGUGCAGCUUUCUCUUGUUCGACUGUUUUGGAUUUGUAUUUUUAUACGUAUUUUGUUAAUUUAUGUUACUCUCGUACAAUGACAGGAAUUUUUUUGCUGUAAGAUGUAAAUGGCAUUUUAUGAAUGAUGUUGCAUUUCACACCUGCAGAAUGCUUCGCAAAG